UUCCUCCCUCCAUUAUCCCCCACCACCACCCGCCUCCACUCUCCAAGAAACUUCCCUCCCGAUUCUGUUGCUUCCCUCCACGCGCCUCGCCGGAGAGCGGCCGAGCUGCAACCAGGCAGCGGCGGCAAUGGAGGAGAGAAUUAUCACCCCCCGGCGCCGAGAACCGCGAGACCAGAACCAGACCGCCGACGCGGCCCCGGCGGUUUCGUGUUCGUCGGGGGAGGACUCGACGUCGACGGACGGGGACUCGGAGCCCGGCUUCGAGUUCGAGUUCCCGUCGCUGCUCGGCAGGGGCCAGGGCUCCCCCGCGCCCGCCGACGACCUCUUCGCCGACGGCCGCAUCCGCCCCGCCGCCUUCUACCCCGUCUUCGGCCGCCGCCCGUCAGCGCGAGCGAGUUCAGCGGGGGACGUCGACGGCCUCGGCCUCGUCCCGGCCGCGGCGCCGGAGCGGAGGACGAGGGGGCAGCUCGGGCGGCUCUUCCUCGAGGAGUCCCGCGCGUGGAACAGCUCCUCGUCGAGCAGUAGUACCGGGUCGACGGCGUCCACGUCGUCGUUGUCGUCCGCGGCCACCGCUGACGACGGGGACGGGUACGGCGACGGUGGCCUCGCGGGCGCCGCGCCGGAGAGCUACUGCGUGUGGGCGCCCGGCGGCGGCGGUAAGUCAUCGGAGUCGCCGCGGCCGCCGCGGGGCGGGAAGAGCGGGUCCACGGGGUCGUCCGUGGCGCGGUGGCGCCGCAUCAGCGACCUCGUGGUCGGCCGCAGCCAGAGCGACGGCAAGGAGAAGUUCCUCUUCCUCCCCGUCAACCCGCCGACGCCGCCGCCCAAGCAGCAGGAGCCCAAGCGCAAACCCAGGCCGAACCCGGCAACCGGCGGCACCAAGAAGAAGGGCAGCGAGAUCGGCACGGUGGCCGCCGCCCACCGGAUGGCCUACGGCGCCAAGGCCGGCGUGGGCGUCGCCGCCAACGGCGCCACGCCGCGGCGCACGUUCCUGCCGUACCGCGAGGAGCUGGUGGGGUUCUUCGCCAACGUGAACGGCAUCAGCCGGAGCCACGCGCACCCCUACUGAUCGACGACCGACCACGACGACGACUCCGGUCGGCCGCGCGCGCCACGGGGAGAUCAUUAUUAUAAAAUCGGCGAUUCAAAUUCCAUUCGUGUUUGAACUUUGAAGCUUGGAUUUUUUAAGCUGGUGAUCGAUCAGCGGGUAGGUAGGUUAGUACUCCUGCUAGUAUUGUGAUUAAUAGGUUAGCUAAAAUUGGUGAGAAAUUAAAGAUUGAUGUGUGGUGUGAAACGCGGUGCACAUCGCCGACCGUCGCGCGUCCCCGGCGAUCGGGCCGUCGAGGUGACGUGUGAACGGCAGCGUGUGGUGGCGAGUGAGGACACGCCUUUCUUUCUGCCUUAUUCAUUCAUUCAUUCUUCUUCUUCCUGCAACAGAGUUUGUACCCCGUCCGAAAAUACUUGUCAUUUGAAUAAAAAAAGAUGUAUCUUGAAGAAAAAUACGUCUAGAUACAA